AUGCUGUUUGAAAAAGCGUCAAAGAUCUUGCAAAGAGCAAGUUUUCGAAAUACGUUUUGUGGCUAUGCUGUGAGUAUGCAAUGUAUUUUGUUUAAUAACUUUCGUUCAUGUGCAAUAUUAGUGAUUGAUGUUUGAUUUGAAUAUUUUGUCACACAGACUCGGAGUUUGGCAAGGGCAAGUCAAAAACCAUUAUCAAGUAUGUCUGUUACUUAUGGUUUUAUAAAGUUAGCAGGAUUAUUGAAGUAUUAUAGAAUUCAUAUAGUUUGAUGAAAUUUUAUUAUGCAGAAUUACACAUAUCAACAGUAGAGGGUCGAAUAAGCAAUGUCAGCAAGUACAAUUUCUUGAGGUAGGUAGUGUACUGUACAGAAAUGUAGUAAAUACACUUAUAAUAAGUUUAAGUUUUAAUAUGUUUUUGUGGAAAGAUGAAUCCUUCAACGUUACAUGGUUACGGUUCUCAGCAUCUGCAAAUCAGCUCACUAGCCUGGGAAAAUUAAGUACCAAUAUUGUGCCGUUGGUCAAGACUUUGAGUAUAGGGAUAGAAUAAAGAGCAUCUACUUUCUCCGGUUAUUCCCUGCAGACACAUUCUCGUACCCAGAGCCCUUCUUACACGCGGUGCGACGAGGGCACAGAAUACUACACAGAAGUCCAUCUUCAUUGUUUUUAGCGUAAGCUCUAUUCGUCAUGAUUCGUCACUCAGCAAGUACUGCAAACAGAAGCAGUCACCCCCUGGAAAUACUAAAAAUGGCGCACGUCCAGGGGGGUGACUGCUUCUGUUUACGGUACUUGCUGAGUGACGAAUCAUGACGAAUAGAGCUUACGCUAAAAACAAUGGAGAUGGACUUCUGUGUAGUAUUCUGUGACGAGGGGCUCUGGCCAAAUCCAUAACCGGAUACCAUGAAAACAUGGUAAGAAAACAAUAUCCUGUGCUAGAACUAGCCAAUCAGAUGCCAGUUCGGAUAUGGAUUUGGCCAGAGCCCCUCGUUGCACCGCGUGUAAGAAGGGCUCUGGGUAUGAGAAUGCUGUGGACACUGAAAGUGGCUAGAAUUUGCAGUAGGAAAACUUUUAUCAGACUAGAGCAAUGGCUAAAUAUACCAUAAUUUAUAUUUUAUGAUAUGGAUUCUUAAUUAAGGCAGGGCUUGAAAUAGCGUUCCCAAAGUUCCCGAUCAUGGUGACUGUCAGUCCAGACUUUCGCAGCUUUUUCCGAUUCAAACCCUGCUUUUCUGCCGAUCAUAAACAAUUUCUUGCUGACCAUUGGUCGGUGAUCGGCUUUUAUUUCAAGGUCUGCUUGUUAAGGCUUGAAACUACACCAUUAUUUAGGCAGAGUUAUGGUACACCAAAGUAUUUUCAUUGCUCGGCUGUUGUAGGUGAGUUUACAUCGUCUGACAAGUUUAUCUUGAAAUGUAUUUGAAAUAUAAUUAAAUAUUUAAUGCAAAUGUUAAUCCAAUAUAAAUUAAUUGUAAAUUAAUAUUUUGGUGUAUUUUAUGACUUGUUUUUCACCACAUCAUUGAUACCUUGUAAAUUUUGCCAAAACACUUACUGUAUGAAGAUGCAUUGCCAGGCCAUUACAUAAUGAAUCGCAUGUGAUGUUCACUGAUCGGGAAAUGUUUUCACAGAAUAGGAACCUUACAUAGGGUCAUUAUGCAAAAAAGCAUUUAACCACUGCCAUGCCAUUGUUUGCAAUGAUUUGUCAUUAUUAAAAUGCACUUGCCAUGUUCCUAGCCAGUGUGCUUUAUAUGAGAGGCAUUCCGCCCCCUGAACAUCUGCCAUUUUGAAUAUUUUAUGGGUGGUGUGGCCUCUCAUAAGCGCACUGGCUAGGAACAUGUUGACAGCAUUGCAAUGGUUACGCCAAAAUCAUAGGCAGACAAAGAAGUCAACCUUCUGUAAGUUCUCUAUUCUGUGCAUUAAUUGUGGUUCAUUACAUAUUAAAAAUAAAAGACCAAUACUGUAACCUAAAAUGGUUAAAUUACAUCAGUGCUAAAAAUUUACAACAACAACUAGAGACUACUUACAAUUACUUCUAAUGACACAUUGCGGUAAAAACAAGUAUAUAAUUUGAUCUUGAUAACAUUUAUAGGUGAAAACAUAAAAACAGUCAAAACACCACCAUUCCCUGACUCUGUCUCUGAGGGAGAUAUCCGCUGGGAGAAAGGUACUUUUCAAUCAAAGUGAUAUAUAAAUGAAGAAUUCUGAGAACUUGUUUAAUUAACAAAUUUUCACGUUCUAACAGCUGUUGGAGAUCAAGUAGAGGAAGACGAAGUCAUUGGAGAGAUUGAAACAGAUAAGGUUAAAAAACAAUUUGGAUAACAUUUUGUACAAAUCAAAAAUAAAACUUGAUUGCAAAUAUAAAAUGUCCUGCAUUUGUGGAUUUCAGGGAAAGUAUGGUACCACACAUUGACUUGCAAAAUGCUUUUGUAGAAAAAAUUAGUAAAUUAUAGGGCAUUCUGAUAUAUAAAAUGACAAAGAUUUCUUGUAAGAUGUAAGAAAAUUUCCUGCAAAGAUAUUUUGUUAAACAUUUCCUGGCAGCGGUGCUCCUGGAGCACUGCUAUAACUAUUCCUUUGUUUACAGACAGCAUUACCAGUAAGUUCUCCAGAAGCGGGCGUAAUCCAUGAGCUUCUUGUUGCCGAUGGUGAUACGGUUGAAAAAGGACAAGAACUGUGUAGAAUUGAUGUUUCAGGUACUCACAUAGAAUAAUACAAUAUAAGAUGAAAAUAUAAGCUGGGUAUAUAUAAAUAUAAUAUGGGUCUACUCAGCAUUUAAUUCUUCAUCUGAAAGUCUGUUUUGGUUUUGACUUUUGAAAGCAUGGUAGCAUCAUUCAAUGAGUUGCAAAAUGUUUACCUACAGUAAUUGCCAUCAUAGGUUCAGUCAAUAUGAAAAAAUCAAAUCAUGGUAAAAAUGAACUCUCUCCCCUAACCCUCUUUUCAGUGUUGGUGUUCUGGUUGAUUGGUUUGAUCAUGCAAUAACUAGAUUGAAAGGGAAGAAGGGGGGAGUAUGAUUGAAGUAUAUAUCAAAUUGGGGGUCUUUGUUCCAUCAACAUUUUUUAGGUCCAUCAAAACUUUUUAUUAUUAAUUAGGUGGAGGUGGUGCACCACCCAAACCAACAGAAACACCAGUGACAGAAGCACCAAAAACCACACCUGUUGCUGAGAAAGUUGUUGAACGAGAAAUUCCAAGCACACCCCCACCAGGUUUGUAUUUGCACAGUUCUGUUUUGCGGAUAUUCCAUCAACUAGUUCAGUCAUAAGAACUUUUCUUGGUUUUAUUUAGUCCCGGAGAUUCCAAAAGAACCAUUAAAAACUGUGACACCAACACCACCACUACUGCGACCAGCAGCUCCUGACCAGUCUGCACCAAGCACCACUGGAGCGAGAAGUGAAACCAGGGUAAGGAAGGGCUCUUUGGCAUGCAUUUGUGGCAGUUUGGUUGGGGCAGGCUAGACAAACUCUGUGGAGAGAAGCACUCUGAAAUGACCCAUCAUUUCCGUCUUGGGGAGGCUAUAUAUCCCCAUGUUAACAUGUACAACUAGGCCUUUUUCUUAACAUGUUUCGUUCUUUAUGGAACUUUAUUAUCAAACAACAUUACUGUGCUGACUUUGUAUGUUUUGUUCAUGCAUUUAUAUGAAUGAAAUUUUCCAAACUUUUUGAUUGCGUAGGUAAAAAUGACUCGUAUGAGGCAAAGAAUUGCAACGAGACUGAAAGACGCUCAGAACACGGCAGCCAUGUUAACGACAUUCAAUGAAGUUGAUAUGAGGUUUAUUCGUAGUUUUUCACUUCCCUCAAUCUACCAAACAAUUCUUAACUUCACACAAUAUGCAAUGAUUUGCAAUGCACUGCCUUCUAUUCUUUCAGCAAUAUUAUGGAAAUGCGUAAACAGCAUAAAGAUGCUUUUCUCAAGAAACAUAAUGUCAAACUAGGUUUCAUGUCCGCAUUUGUGAAGGCGUCGGCUCAUGCCUUACAAGAUAUCGCAGUCGUGAACGCAGGUAUAUAUCACCAUUUUGCUAGCCUGAGUAUCAGGCCAUAUUGUCUCGUCCUUAAAUGCGGGUUGGUGGAAGGGAACAAUUAUUAGGCGGCUAAGUCUCAGCCCUAUAUUUUGAACCAAAAUGUUUUUGGUGGAAUUUUGUGGAUUUUUUUCUUAGUGAUUGACGACGAUAAUAACCAGAUCAUUUAUAGAGAUUAUAUUGAUGUCAGUGUAGCUGUUGCUACGCCAAAGGUAGGGGAUUUUCUUGGUGUUCCACUUUUAACCUUGUAGUUGUUUGUGUUUUUUUAUUAUUUGAAAAAAGUAACAAUACUUUGGCGUUUGGAGCCGGCCUUUGCUCAAAGUUUUGAGACAAACCAUUGUCUCCAAAGUGCACCGCCAUGUUUUCUGAUAAAGAUACAGUAUAUUACUUUCAUCUAGGGUUUGGUGGUCCCAGUUAUUCGCAAUGUGGAGGCAAUGAAUUUUGCUGAUAUAGAGAAAACCAUUAACGCUCUAGGAGAAAAGGUACUUAAAUAAAUUUAUUUUCAUUCGUUGCUCACUUUAUGAAUAGACAACUUGCAUGUUAGACUAAUUUUUGAUUUAGGCAAAAAAAAGUAAAUUCCCGUAAAGAACUUAUUAAAAUUAGUAAAAUUGCAAAAUUUGGUUGCGAAAUGUUGUAAAAUACAGAAAAUAUAGCCUUGCGAAGUUUGCAUAUUUUCAGUAUGUUUGUAUUACGUGCGGAAAUUGUUACCAUUUUUGAGCCAAAAAUGGUAGCAAUUUCCGCACGUAAUACAAAUAUACUGAAAAUAUGCAAACUUCGCAAGGCUAUAUUUUCUGUAUUUUACAACAUUUCGCAACCAAAUUUUGCAAUUUUACUAAUUUCAUUAUGUUCUUUUUAACUGUUGUGUUUGAUUCCCUUCUCUUUACUUAUUAAAAUUUAGUCUAACAUGCAAGUUGUCCAUUGGUUCAUCGUAAUCUGUUCAAACCAAUUCUGCAUGUACGUACGUACAGGCAAGCUCAUACCCAGGAAAAAAUUUACAUGUAAUUAUUGGGCAGCAAAAUACAAGAGUAGUAUACUUGUGUCAUCCUAUCUUGUAUCCUACGUUAACUAGGCACGCGAUGGUAAUCUUGCUAUCGAGGAAAUGGAUGGUGGAACAUUCACGAUAUCAAACGGUGGCGUGUUUGGUUCUCUUAUGGGAACUCCGAUCAUUAAUCCUCCUCAAUCUGCCAUCCUUGGGAUUCAUGCAAUCAAUGAUAGACCUGUCGCUAUUAAUGGCAAGGUAUUGACUUGGGAAUUAUACAGCUUUUUUCUCAAUGUUGCUAAUGAAGCCCUAAGUAAAGCAGUUAAGUAGGGGACACUGCUGCAGGGAUGUUUGAAAAUUUCGAUGUUUUUUCAAGAAUUACUCUGCUAUUGUUACUUUUAGGAAAUAUGGCUAGGAAACGAUGUUUCCUGGUUUGCCUACCUUCGGGAAACAUGGCCAGGAAACAAUGUUUUUGAAACGAUCGUCCCUAGUUUUCCUAAAGAUUAACACAAACAACAUGCUAAUUUUUAAGCUGCAAAACAAACGUCACAACAGUGCAAAAAUAACAAUGGUUUUUGUUUGUUCUAGGUUGAAAUCCGACCAAUGAUGUAUCUUGCCUUGACUUAUGAUCAUCGUUUAGUUGAUGGCAGAGAAGCAGUAACAUUCUUACGAAAGAUCAAGUCUACGAUUGAAGAUCCUAGGACUAUAUUACUUGAUCUCUGA